AUGCCACCAAAGUCUAAAAAGAUCGACAAGAAGAAUAGUAUCACCUUCAGAUUGUUCCAAGGAGGUAACGAUGGUAAAACCACAGUCUGGGUACCAACUAACUUGGAAGAACAAAGUGAAAAAGCAAAGGAAACAUAUGAACAAAUUAAACAAACACUUGGAGAUGCUAUUGAAGAGGAGGAAGAAGAUGAAGAGGAACCAAAAGUUAUGUACGGUCUUCAACAAAUGAUUGAUAUGAAUGAUGAAGAUGACGAAGAUGAUGAAGAUGGUGACUAUGACGACGAAGAUGAAGAUGAAAUUGGUGAUGAAGAAACCGAAGACAUGAAAAAGGAAAAGCAACGUAAAACUGUUGGUUUUCUCUUCCCUGAUGAUGGCUACGAUUAUUCAAAACAUAUCCGAAAUAUUGGUGGUGGUACUUAUAUGAGUGCUUUUGGCCAAAAUUCGUUACAACCAUCCACACUUCUUUAUUCUGAAAGUCAAGCAGAAGAACCUGUUUUUUCUGAUGAAGACGAUGACGGAGACUAUGAAGAUGUUGAUGAUGAUGAGGAUUAUGAAGAUGAUGAUGGGGAAGAGGAAGAACCAGUUAAGAAGCCAACUAAACCUGUAGUAACAUCUCAAACAACAACAACAAAAUCAUCAGAAAAACAAAAACCAACAUUGGAAGAACUUAUUUCUCGUAAAGGUGCAGAUGCUGAAGAAAUUGAUCUUGAAGAAGAAGAGGAACAAAAGAAGAAAGCUAUGGAUGAACCAUUUAAAUUGAAAACCGAUUUUAAAGCCUACGGUUUAGAUAAGUAUGGUUCUGGUAAACUUGAUAGAGAAAUUGAAACAUUGUUGGAAGAAGAAGAUAAACCAGAAGAGGAUGAAACAGAAGGUAAAAAGGAUGAUCCUUUGGAAAAGUAUGGUGAUGAUUAUGAUGAUUUCUUUGGAGAACUUGUUCAAGAUUUGAAGGAACAAGCCGAAGAAGAUGAUGAUAUGUAUGAGGAUGUGGAUGGAGCUAAAGUUUAUCAAUUUGAUAACGAUGCAGAACUUCCAUUGGAUUUAUUAAAGAAGUUCUUACCACGUGAGGAAUUAUUAUUAAUUGAGGAAGAGGAAGCUAAAAAGAAGAAGGGAGGUAAAACUGCUGUUGCCACAAAACCAUCAGCACCAACAACAAAAUCGAAAGCUACACCUGCCACAACAAAAUCAUCAAAAACAACUUCACAAAAGAAGGUUACUUUUGUGGAUGAAGAAGGAGAUGACGAUGAUGAAGACUGGGAAGAUGAUGAUGGCGAAGAUGGUGGAGAUUGGGAAGAUGUAGAUGAGGAAGGUGACGAAGAAGAAGAGGAUGACAAAGAAGAUCAUGCAUAUACUGUAUCAGAAAAUAGAAAACAAUUCGAUCAAGAUUUUGAAUCAUUCUAUAAGAAUGCUUAUUCUGACGAUCAAAUUGGUGAACUCGACGAUGAUAAUCAAAAACUUAGGGAAGGAACUGAAUACGAUCCAAAGAAGAUGAAUGAUUUAUUGGAAGAUUUCUUUACAGAACAAAGAAGAAAGUUUGGAGCUGGUGAAUUCAAGAGAAGUAAUGAAAUAACAGAUGAAGAAUUAAGAGAAAUUGAAGCUAAUCUCCCAUCAGAUAUGAAGGUUUAUCGUAGAGAAGAUUUAGAAAAAUUGAAUGAAUUGCCAAAGGAAGAACGAUUAAAGAUGGCUCUUAGACAACUCGAUAGACAAGAAAAGGACGAAUCAAAGGGUGAAACUGAAGUAAUAACGAUACCUGAAAAAGAUAAUAGAUGGGAUUGUGAAACUAUUUUAACAAGCUAUUCGAACAUUUAUAACCAUCCUUCAAUUAUUGAUGACAGACCUGGAAGAAAGAAAAAGAUUGUUCUCUCAGAAAAGUCAGGUAUGCCAAUUGGCGUUGUUGGUAAACAACAGGUUGACCUUAAUGAAGAAGAAAUUGAUGAAGAUGAUUUUGAAGAAGUUCAAAACCUUGGUGAAGCAAGAAAGAAGGGAGAAACCAAAGAAGAAAAGAAGGAAAGAAAGCAAAAGAUGAAAGAAUUAAAACAACAAAAGAGAGAAAUGAAGAAGACCUUAAAGACAACUUUCAAAUCCGAACAAAUGAAACAGCAAAAGGAUUCAAUCAACCCAGCCAACCAACAAAAGGUUGUUGUCAAAUAUUAAAAACCAAUUUUGUCAAAACAACAAAA